AUGCGAUUCAACUGCUUUGCAGUCUUGGCCGUCACCUCUCUGCUGGCGUGCGCUGGCAGCGCCUCGACGUCGUCAGUCACCAAGACGAUCGAGCACGACUUCCCAGCUGCCAUCCUCUCGGACGCGAACUACAACAAUGGCGCACUAGGCGCCAAGAGGGUGUUGAGGGCUCACGAAAUACCGGACAAGGAGAACGAAGACAGAAUGUUCAAUUGGGCGAAGUCGAAUGCUUGGUCCUUCAAAGACAAAUCUACGAGUAACGUCUUGGGAAAGAUCAAGUUCGACCCGAAAGUAGGUGAGGGGCUUGAUUCGUCUCGUUUGAAGACUUUGGCCGAGAACGUGGACAUGUUCAACAAGAAGCACCCAAAACACAAGGUGUCACUGUUCGAGACUCUCAGGACGAGCUACAAAGAGGACGACUUGGCAAAAGCGCUGGUGACUGCGAAGCAAAGUGAAAGUACGAGGGAAAUCGCGACGCGGCUGGAACAGCAGCAGUUUGUGUUUUGGCUGCAUGAGAGGAUUUCCCCCGACGACGUUUUCUUCAUGCUGGGGAUCAAGGCUGAUGCGCAACACGCCAUGCACAGCCGGAAGUUGGAGACGCUGGAGCAGUACAUCCCCAUUUUCAACGAGGGCUAUAAGGAGUCACGAACGGACAUGCUCACCGUAUUGAGAAACGGUUUCAGUGACGCUCCUUUAGCUCGCGCACUUGCGAUGGCCAAGCAGGAGCAUUCGUCAGCAACUAUGCUUAAAAACGGCGAAAAGUAUCAAAAGGAGUUGUACUCGAAAUGGAUGGCGAUGGGCAAGGAUAACGAACCUUUUGACACGAACAGGGUUAUGACCGAAGUGUUCAAACUGAGCAGCUUUAAAGCUGGUACCCCUGCGGAUAAACUCGCUCUCAAUCACUACAGCGUGUUCUACAAAAAGAAUGCGCGAACAGAAAGCUCUUAA